AAAAUGAAAUCAUUAACGUGCAACGUAGAACAAUUAUGCUACUUUUGCGCAUUUCCCUCGAUGAGCGUAUUAAAAUAGAAAAAUAUGAGACUCGAAACAAUUGCAAUUAGAAAAAUUAAUAAUGGAUGAUUUUAUAGAUAACAGAGAAACAGAAACUAAUAGCAAACACGAGUUAUACUUAUUCUAUUCUACAGUUGCCUCGUUUGAAAAUUUAUUAUUCACCAGGCAAAAUAUUUCCAUUUUGGUUAUAAUCGGUCAACGCGAUAUUUUACAUUCCUUGGAUGCAAUUUCGGAAUUAACUCACAUACAGGAACUAUGGAUAGUCGAAUGUGGUAUCAAGGAAAUACCGCUCUUCAAGCAAAAUUGCCCACUGAAGAAGCUUUAUUUGUAUUCCAACGAAAUAUCUUGCAUAUCGAAUCUAGAAGUUUGUUCGUGCUUGACGACUUUAUUUUUAUCGGGAAACAAUAUAUGCAGCCUCCAGAGUCUUGAUAAAUUGACUUUAUUGGAAGAACUAAAUUUGGCUAAUAACAGAUUGAAAAAAAUAGAUAAAAGUUCCUUCAAGAAAUCAGAGAUACGUUAUUUAAAUUUAGCAGGAAAUCAUUUGAGCAGCAUAAGGAAGAACCAGAACUGUUUAAAUAAUGAAGCAGAGAAUGAUCUACAAAGUAUAAUAUCAGAAGUAGAAUUAAAUAAACGGCAAUUUUUAGAAAAGAAACAAAUGGCAAUAACACAAUUUAAAAUCUUUCAGCAGCAGUUGAUAUUUGAUAUGGAUUAUUGUGGAAACAUAAAUUUUGUCGAAUACAAUGCAACAACUGAGAACAUGGUGAUCGAACUAUGCAAACAAUUUUUAGAAGGAUCAUUGUGUUCCGUCAUAAAACAAGAUCUAGGUAUAACCGGUUUAAAAAUACAUAAAGUAACAGAAGUAAGAAAUAAAGAAAUUAAUUGCUUGAACGUUUGCAAAGAAGAGUUUGAGGAAAGUUUGGAAUCAGACGAAUGCAAUAUUAUCCUAAAAAUUUUAAUAUCACCCGGGGUGACUGAUAUUCAAAGUUGGCCUAUUAACUUUUUUAAACAUGCUCCAUUUAAUAAAAACAAAUUAAUGGUAACUAAUUGUUUGGCAAUAGCAGAUGCAGAUUGGUUGCAUAAAGUGUCCUUAAUGAUGGAAAAUGGGAAAUUAAGUUCACUUAAUGUUUGUGAAAGGCGACGUGUUUGUAUACUUAUGCAAACAUCUAUUUUUGGCUCUACAAACAAGUAAUAAUAGCACUAUUGUUUUUAAUAUUUGCUAUAUUUACUAUAUUUCUGCAGACUAGAGAAUGCUAGUGACUAUUUACAUAUGAAACAUUCAAAU